UGUCUGUGUGAGCUUGUUGCUGCCAAAUGACUUUUGACCAGUUAUCAAAUUCAAGGCUUGAAUUACUUUUUACAAUCAUGUCCUGACACACCAGAGAAAACAGGAAGCAUCUGUUCCUCCCUGAAGAGACGCAAGCUGAAAACAAGACGAUCGUAAUUCACCUUCCAGACCAAACUAAACCAAACUAGACCAAACAUCCUGAGUGAGUCCAGCUACAGGAGAGAAGAGUCAAACUACAACCUGCCGACGCUCCACACACUGACCCCUCACCUGGAGACUCAAUGGCUUCCAGAUCAGAAGAGGAUCUCUGCUGUCCCGUCUGCCAUGAUGUCUUCAUAGAUCCUGUUCUUCUGUCAUGUAGCCACAGCUUCUGUAAAGACUGUGUGAAGACCUGGUGGAAAGACAAAGAAGUAAAAGAGUGUCCAGUUUGUAAGAGAAGAUCUUCAAAGCAAGAACCACCUUGUAACCUGGUGUUAAAGAACCUGUGUGAGACCUUCUUACAGGAGAGAGAUCAGAGCUCUCCACAUGCUCUCUGCAGUCUGCACUCAGAGAAACUCAGACUCUUCUGUCUGGACCAUCAGCAGCCAGUGUGUGUCGUCUGCAGAGAUUCAGAAAAACACAUUGACCACAGAUUCAAGCCCAUCGAUGAAGCUGCACCACAACACAAGAAGCAGCUUCGGGAAACUCUGGAGCCCUUGAAGAAGAAGUUACAGUGUUUUGGACGUGUUAAAGUAAAGUUUGAACAAACAGCAGAACACAUUAAGGUCCAGGGCGGAAUCAUAGAGACGCAGAUCAAGGAGCAGUUUAAAAAGCUUCAUGAGUUUCUGGAGGAGGAAGAGGAGGCCAGGAUGGCUGCACUGAGGGAGGAAGAGGAGAACAAGAGUCGGACGAUGAAGGAGAAGAUUGAGGCUCUGAGCAAAGAUAUAACGGCUCUUUCAAACACAUUCAGAACCACAGAGGACGAGCUGAGAGCUGAAGACAUCUCGUUCAUGCUCAACUACAAGGCUGCAGUGGAACGAGUACAGCAGCGCCUCCUGCUGGAUGAUCCACAGCUGGCCUCAGGAGCUCUGAUAGACGAGGCCAAACAUCUGGGCAACCUGAGCUUCAACAUCUGGAACAAGAUGAAGGACGUGGUCUCCUACAGUCCUGUGGUUCUGGACCCAAACUCUGCUCAUCCACUACUCAUCCUGUCUGAAGAUCUGACCAGUUUGAGAGGAGGAGAGAGACAGAAGCUUCCUGACAAUCCAGAGAGGUUUGAUCAUUAUUCCUCAGUCCUGGGAUCUGAGGGUUUUAACUCAGGGACUCACAGCUGGGACAUCCUGGUUGGAGAUGGUACUUACUGGGCAUUGGGUGUAAGAUCAGAGCCUGUCCAGAGGAAGGGAGACGAUCUGUCUGGAUACUGGAGAGUAAGGUUCCGUGAAGGUAAAUACAAAGCAGUGUCACCAUCAGAAUCAUCUUAUCUCUCUGUGCAGAAGAUCCAGAGGAUCAGAGUGAAACUGGACUGGAACACAGGAGAACUGUCGUUCUCUGAUCCUGAUACUAACAAACACAUUCACACCUUUACACACACUUUCACUCAGAAGAUGUUUCCAUACUUUAGCACUGGAGAUCCCAUGAAGCUAUUACCUGUGAAUGUCUCUGUGACGCUGGAUCAGAGCAGUUAGAGAUGUUUAUUUCUUCAAGAGAAAUCUGCUGAAUUUAAAUGUUUUCUAUCAUUUCUAUUUUUGUGGAUCCAUGAAGUCGAGCAAACUGAAGAAGAUCCACAUAAAAACACAUUUAUCAAUAACAGCUGAUCAUUGUUCACAUUCAACAAACUUUAUUAAAACUCACACCUGAGACAUGAUUCAUGUUUAAUCACAUAAAGUCUGUUCACAUAUGAAAUAAUCCAACAUAUAUGAACAUUUGUCUGUUUGAUGAAGCCAAAAUGAUUCUGUCUGUAAAAGUGUUUAUUCACAGCAUUAACAGCAGCCUAGUGAUGUGGUUUUAAUAUUGUGAUCAAAAUAUAACAGUUAUGAAACAGAAACAGAGUUCUGACCUUUUUUAAGUUGAUAUUUAAAUUUAGGGACCUAAUUGUUGUGAACAAUAGUUGGGCCUACAUGUGAAGCCAAAGCCUGCAGCCAUGUCUUCUUUGUUCUGGAGACAAAGGUGAGCUUCCAGAACUCAGUCUCCCAGGAUGCUUCAACUUCACACCUAGGUGUGAACCUGCCCCUGGACACAGCUUUCAACCCCUAGUGGUCACUGUGUGCCCCACGACCCAUGAGGUCACCAGGACAAUAAAAUCCCAGUUCCCCUUCUUUUCUACUGACCUCUGCAGGAGGAGUAGGUUCCUCUCCCUGCUCCAACUCUUUUGACCUCCAAGCAGGCCUGCCUGAAGCACACUGCUAAAACCUUCCCAAAGGCAGGGACACAAGAGCCUGCCUAAAAACUUCAGCACAACCAACUGGCCAUGACACAAAGUCUGACCAGCAGAUGCACAACAACAGGAGCCACAACCAGCAAUACCAGUUCACUGGACUUUAAACAGCACCUCAAAAAGGACCUUUCCCCCUUUUCAUGAACUGGUAACAUAACUGGGCUAAUUACACGAGGCCUAUGCACAGGACUGUUGAACUCUAUUUGUGUGAUAUUUUAAAAAUUGGAUUUGUAUUGUUGUGAUAUUUGGUACUACGUUAUUUGAAAGCUAAUGUUAGUUCUGUGAUGCUCUUCAUAGAAUCAGACUCUUUCUUUACAUGCAACUAGCUACUUCCUCUGACCCAGCCCACCUCACACACUCCUCUCCCCAAACACACACAUGUGAUCUCAGCCCAAUGAUCCCAACACUCCACGGGGUCUUUCGUCUUCAUGGUGGCCAGCCGCCAUUUUGAAACCUCAUACACUCACGCACACAAUGAAAUUGUAUCCAUUUGUUUGUACUUUGCUUCUUUCUCUUUAGUGCGACUUCAGCUCUGCAGUUACGCCACUGACUCUCUCCUCUGCACUUACUGACCUUGUCUAUACUAUAGAAGUGUGAAAAAAUGGAGUAUAGAGUCUAUACCCUCCAAAUGCCGAUUUUUCAGAACCUCACUUCAGUUGAGGGGUACCCAGAAUGCCUUGCGAAUCACUGGGAGAGAGAUCCACAAAUGUUGUAUUUUCUCCAUUACUAGGGAUUAAAAAUUACGAUAAUGUUUGUAAUAUCUUAGAUUAAUAUCAUUUGAAUGUAUUAUGGUCAUUUUUUUCACAACAACCUUAAAACAUAAGAUUGGAACUUUUGUAAAGCAUUUUGUAACUUUGCUUCGAAAGGUGCUAUAAAAAUAAAGUUAUCAUCAUUAUUCAUUUUAUAAUUAUUAAGUCUCGUGUACAUGAUCUGGGUUUGGGAAAAUGGUUUAAUAAAAAAAAUUUGAAAAUCACAA